AUGUAUCUCGAGUGGAAGCUCACCUACGUCGGUUCCGCCACAAGUGACCAGUACGACCAGGAACUCGAUGACCUUCUUGUUGGUCCUAUCCCUGUGGGCGUCAACAAGUUCAUAUUCGAGGCUGGCGCUCCCGACACCACGCGCAUCCCUGACGCCGAUAUCCUCGGUGUCACUGUGAUUCUCUUGACCUGCGCCUACGAUGGUCGCGAAUUCAUUCGCGUCGGUUACUAUGUCAACAAUGAGUACGACUCGGAGGAGCUCAACGCCGAGCCUCCCUCCAAGCCCAUCAUCGAACGCGUUCGCCGCAACAUUCUGUCCGAGAAGCCCCGUGUGACUCGCUUCGCCAUCAAGUGGUCGUGGCCUUGCUGUCGGUCAUGUGUGUAG